UCACAGCUGUAGUCCUAUGCUGCCCGUCGCGUUGGUUUAACGUAUCUCACGUAAAGCCUAACUGUUAAAGCACGGUUCUUCUCGACUCUUUUCUGUUUUUUAUAUAUUCAGAUCAAGUAGAGGGUUGGGGGGAAAGAAAAAAAGAGGUUUUUGUACUGAAGUGAUAAGUUUGGACGCUCCCUUUUUUUUUUACACAAAACCGACAGAACAGCCGCGGGGGCUGCUGGUCCUGCAGGCCCGUCUGUCCUGCGGUUCAAGGAAAAACCCGGAGCACGAACUCAAAUGCUACGACGGCCCACGUUGCAGAAACGGUGUUCAUGGAGGAGCAAAUGUUUGAAUCCGCAUAUGAUCUCUUAUACCGUCAAUGAUCUGCAUGGAGCGCGCGCGGCGGUGGUGCGAUCCCCUGGUUCCAAACAACACGGGAAUAUUAUGCUAGUGUCCUUCCGCGCUCAAAUGUGCUAACUAGUCCAGUCCGCGUCUUGUGGAGCACAUGGCCGUGCCGCAGCUUUGCGCCACAAACAGCCACAGUAGAAGAACGGAAGUCUCCAUCUGCAGGAAAAGCAGCACUCUUCGUCUUCGAGCCCGUCCGUCGAAUUGAAUCCCGUUCAGAACCAGAGCACCGCCGCCGGACCUCGCAGAGAAACCCCCUCCAGCUUCCAUCUUAGCUGCCCGCGCGCGCCUCACGUGUCCUGGGCCGUCGUCCUCACAUGACCCGAGUGUUUGUCCCCGUGAUCAGCGCCUCAUCUCCGUAAACCCGCGUCGCUGAACGACGGCGUCCCACCCCCGCAGGCUUCAUGGAGAUGCUGGAUCAGAGUGUGGACAGCUCUGCGAGUCAUGACAAACAGGAAGUGGGGGAAGUGGUGCAGCUUCAGGAGGGUGAAACAGGGGGGGGGCAAGAGCAGACGGCAGUGACCAUUGCCAGCGUCCAGCAGGCUGCGUUCGGAGAUCACGGAGUACAGUACCAGUUUCGAACCGAGAACAGCGGAGGGCAGGUGACCUAUCGGGUGGUUCAGGUGACAGAUGAGCACCUGGAGGCGGCGGCUGAUGGGGCUGGCGCAGUCAGCGUCGUUUCCACGGCAGCGUUUGCUGGAGCUCCUCAGGCCGUGGCUCAGGCCGUGAUACAGAACCCCUUCAGUAACGGAGGCAGUCCUGUCGGGGAAACCGUGGCAGGAGAGACCCGCUUUGCGUAUUUUCCCGCCACUGUCAGCGACGGAACAGCCGUGUCUGUACAGGCCGCCGAUCCGGCCAUCACCCAGGCAGGAGGCCAGCUCUACGUGAUGAUGAGCCCCCCCGAGGUGUUGCAGGGGGCAACCCCUCGUGCCAUUGCUCCACAGACGUACACCAGGAAGGUGGAGAGUCAGCGCGUGCCCCGGGACGAGCGGCGACGGGCCCAGCACAAUGAAGUGGAGAGGAGAAGACGUGACAAGAUCAACAACUGGAUCGUGACGCUGUCCAAGCUGAUCCCGGACUGCAGCGUGGACAGCAGAUCUGCAGCGAGUAAAGGAGGCAUCUUGUCCAAAGCCUGCGAUUACAUCCGGGAGCUGCGGCAGAACAACCAGCGGCUGCAGGAGAGCUGCAAGGAGGUGGAGCAAGCAGAGAUGGACAACGAGCUGCUCCGACAGCAGGUGGAAGAACUGAAGAACGACAACGCUCUGCUCCGAGCGCAGCUGCAGCAGCACGGCGUGGAAACCAACGGAGAUGUGACGGCCCAGUGACGGCGUGCCGCACCCUCCCCCACCCUAAACUCAGACCCCAGAGACUCUGGAUGUCUCCAUGAACUCAGCAAAACAUGGGUCUCAGCUGUUCUCCUCUUUAACGUUUGUUUCAGUCUGCGGGAAGCUCUGAGGUGAACGAUGGCGCCCCCUGCUGUUCAGAGGUUCUAAGUCCCAGUUUGACAGAUGCAGAGCAGAUCUAGGGCUGCCAAUAUGUGCCGACGUGCACGCUCCUGCUGUGCUCCAAAACGCAGCUGAGGAUGAGGAGCUCCUCCGAGACUCUGAACACGAGGAGCAGCUUCGGAGGAACUCCCCCCAUGCUGAAUAACAGGUGUCCGUGGGGGCUGAUGGGGGUCACAGAUGUGCUGCCGGGGGGAACUGGAAACUAAAAAAAGGCUGCAGGUGUGACCACUGAAACAUGAUUCCCAAACGAAACUGUACCUGAGCGCGUCUGUUCUGGAGGCUGCUGGGAAACGGAGGCCUCUCCGUUAUUCAGAUUGCAUAGUCCUCCACAGGUUCUGCCCCCCCCGCAUGUGCAGGAGCGACACCCAAGACUAAAGCAUCAUUUAUAAUUCAGAAUGCUCCUUUGUCAGCUCCUGCACAUCUGUGCAGUCACUGAAUAACUGCAGGACAUGAGCUGUUCCAUGUUAGGAGGGUCCGAUGAUUUACUGUGUGAACAGGUGGACUACAUUCAACGUGAACCUGCAUUUGUAGGAGGAGCUUGAAAUCAUUGAAACCACCCAGAUGUGUUCAAAAGGUUUGGAAGGUGCUUAAACAGUGAAAACAUUUUUGCAAUUAAACCAAUGCUUUAUCCACUGGGUCUUUUUCAAAAUUGCAGCCCUCUCAUGAAGCUAUGACUCCGCCCCUCGCAUGACUUUUACCAUGGCUACCGCUCAGACUGGACCAACGAAGAUGUAAAGAUGAAAUUUAGGAGGUUGCAAUCAUGCAAAGAUUAUUUUUUACUGCGCUUCUACUGUGAAGCGUGUAUUUCCUGUGAUGUCAGACUGCUGCUUUCUCCUGCUGCUUGCAAUGUUUUUUUCUAAUUUAAAGUGGAACAACUUUUCCGUGAGAGGAAAUGAACUAAUUUGCUGAUCUGGAAAUAAAAGCUGUUCUACCUGG